AUGGCUGCCCCUCUGUCGAGAUGGGAUGAGCUCGAUCGACCACUACAAGAGGGAAUCCUAACACAAAAAGAAGAACGAAAGGCUGGAAUUGACCAGCGGCGAAAAACCGUGUUCAAACCAGAGCCGGCCGAAUUGGGUCGGUCUAACCAGGAAGAGCUCGAGAAAGUUGAUUUAACUACCGAUGAUUGGCCUCGUAUAACUUACGUGAACAAAGGGUUGCCAGCGGAGGAGAAAACAGCAUUGAUAGAAGUGCUAAAGGAAUUCAGUGAUGUAUUCGCAUGGACAUACGAUGAGGUACCCGGGCUGAACCCCCAGAUUGUUGCUCACCACCUCAACAUACGGCCGGGAACGAGACCAGUCAAACAAGCACAGAGGAACUUCCGCCCAGAACUCGAAUUACAGAUCAAGGAGGAGGUGCAGCGGCUCUCGCAAGCUAGUUUCAUCAAGCCCAUUCAGUACCCUACUUGGUUGGCAAACAUUGUUCUUGUGAAGAAAAAGAACGAAAAAAUUCGGGUCUGCGUCGACUUUAAAGAUCUAAACAAGGCGUGCCCUAAGGAUGACUUCCCCUUACCUAUAAUCGACAGUCUGGUUGACUCGACUUCUGGGCACGAAAUGUUCUCAUUCAUGGAUGGAUAUAGUGGGUAUAAUCAUAUCAAGAUGACGCCAUGUGAUGCAGAAAAGAUAGCCUUUCGGACCCCAUUGGGGAAUUUUCACUAUACCGUCAUGCCAUUCGGCUUAAAGAAUGCUGGGGCCACUUACCAACGGGCUAUGACGGCCAUUUUCCACGACAUGUUGCACAGGAAUGUAGAAGACUAUAUGGAUGACCUGGUAAUAAAAUCCCGAAGGAAGGAGGAACAUCUAGCAGACCUGAGGAGAGUUUUUGAGCGCUGCCGCAAGUACAAGCUGAAGAUGAAUCCUUUGAAGUGUGCCUUCAGAGUUGAGGCUGGCCGGUUCCUGGCCUUGGCUGAAGUAACACACGCCUUUGGCUCAUUGCUGAAAGGAAGUCCCGAGUUCAAGUGGGGCGAGGAGCAUCAACAGGCCCUCAUAAGAGUUAAAAAUCUACUAUCUUCACUAAUCACUAUGGUUGCCCCUCAGCAGGGUAUCCCACUCAGGUUGUACAUCACCUCCACUGAACAUUCCAUCAGGGCGCUGCUCGCCCAAGAGAAAGAGGGGCGAGAAUGCCCUAUUUAUUACAUUAGCCGAGUCAUUCAAGGUGCAGAAGUGCGUUACUUGCUGAUCGAGCACCACUGUUUGUCCCUAGCAUUUGUAGUAAAGAAGUUUCGUCACUACUUUCUCGCUCAUACUAUCCACCUCAUCACGAGGUGCGAUCCCCUGAGGUACCUAUUCUCGCGGCUUGUCAUGUCGAGACGAGUGGCUGCUGACUUUUGCGAGUUUGACAUACAAUGCUCUGUGCCCCGUGCUAUACUGAGCCAAGCAUUAGCAGAUCUGAUGGCCCAGUUCCCAUCGGGAGAAUACGAACCUGUGAAGACUGACCUACCCCACGAGGACCUUGAGGAGGCAUGUUGCGCUGCCAAGGAUGCAAUUUGGACGCUGUCGUUUGACGGAUCGUCGACGGCGCAGGGAGGAGCGGAGUAUGAAGCCUUAGUCCUGGGAUUGCUAGCAGCCCGAGAAGGAAAGGUCAAACGCCUACACGUGCAAGGAGAUUCCAACCUAGUGGUAAAGCAAUUGGAUGGCUCGUACACUAUUAAGGAGCCGUCAUUGGCAGCUUACAGAACCAUCAUACAGAAACUUAGCGGCCACUUUGAUGAGCUGUGCAUGACUCACACGCCCCGCACGGCCAACCGGCAUCCAGACGCCUUGGCCACCCUAGCUUCUAAAGUUGCAAUAGUGGGGGAAUCAGUAAACAUAAGAAUUCAGAAGAAAGAAGCAUCUUGCUUGCACAAUGACGAAUUCACCAAUGACAGGAAGGAAGAAAAUUGGAGAGAUGCUUUUGAAUCACACCUGAGGGACGGCAAAGGAAAAAUCCCGUUGUCCGAGUUAAAAGAUUAUACACUUUACUUGGGGACAUUAUACUAUAGAGCGCCCGGGGGCAUCCUGGCAAGGUGCGUUGGAACUGAAGAGGCUGCAUGCGUCCUGCACACCAUUCACAAGCAAACUUGUGGCAACGAUUCGUUGAGUUUUAUACAGGAGAAUACAGAGGCAGGGGUAUUUCUGGCCAUCCAUGGCAAAAGAGGUGAGCACCAUCCAGAGGGAGUGCCCGAGGACCGCGAGGAUGCUGCAGCAUUAAAAAGGGACGCACGUCGUUUUUUCAUCAGCAGCGGAGAAUUGAUGAGGCGAGGCUUUGACGGGAAUGCCAAGCGCUGUAUCAGUACCUCCGACGUACAGGAAGUACUUAAGCAAACUCACGGAGAUGAGCACCAGGGAUGGAGAAAGCUGUACAAUUGGAUUAUCCAGAUAGGCUACUAUUGGCCUACCAUGCAGAAGGAUAGCAGACGGCUCGGUGAGCUCGAGGGACUACAAGAGCAACGGGACCAUGCCAAAGGAAAGUUGAAGAUCUACCAGCAGAGGGUCGCCCGGGCUUACAACGCUACUGUCCGACCCAGAGCAUUCCAAGAAGGCGAGCUGGUGCUAAGAACAGCGACGCACAUAAUGCGAAAUCAAUCAGGGCCAAAGUUUACCCCGAAAUGGGAAGGCCCUUACGAGAUCAGGACCGCGAGUGGCAGUGGGUACUAUGAGAUCGGCGAGGUCGGUAGUAACACCUUAGGCUUAUUCAAUGCUAAGUGGUUGAAGAAAUACUAUGCGUGA